CACCUCAUCUGUUCGCUAGUAACACCGCAAAGCACAGCGGAAGAAACAGCGUCAGGGGUCGAAGGACUGAAACGUAAAUAAAACCUUAAGAGGUUUGAAUGUCCGCAGGGGUUUGCGUUUGACUGUGACUCCAGCCCGAAUCGAUCCGAACACCGGUAUAGAUCCUCGGCUUUCCGGUCGAUCCUUUGAUUCGAGGCGCGUGCUCGCAGGCUCGUUAGCAGCUACAGUUAGCAUCAGUGAAGUUGGUAGAAACGGAAUGACUCGUCACGGAAAGAACUGCACCGCCGGGGCUGUGUACACCUACCACGAGAAGAGGAAGGACACAGCUGCGUCUGGUUAUGGAACCCAGAGCAUCCGUCUGGGCAAAGACGCUAUCAAGGACUUCGACUGCUGCUGCCUGUCUCUGCAGCCCUGCAAGGAUCCUGUGGUGACUCCUGAUGGAUUCUUGUAUGAAAAACAGGCCAUUCUUGAAUACAUUCUGCACAAGAAGACAGAAGUGGCCAAAAAGAUGAAGGCCUAUGAGAAGCAGAAACAGGCCCAGAAGAGCAGCAACCAGCUGGAGUCCAAAUCUGAGGAAAUCCAGAAGGUUGAGAAGUUCAAAUCCAGUGAGAGCAGCAUUGUGUCCAAGCCCAUCAACCCAUUCACUUCUGGCCAGAGCAAAGACGGCGAUGCUGAGGGACCGUCCACGGCGGCUUCAGCGGCCUCGUCCAGCCAGAAGCUGCCCAGCUUCUGGAUUCCCUCCCUGACCCCGGAGGCCAAACCCACCCAGCUUAAGAAACCGAGUAAGGCUGUGCUCUGCCCCAUGUCUGGACGACCCAUUAAGAUGAACGAGCUGAUCCCGGUGCGCUUCACCCCGCUGGACCCCAGCCUGGACAGAGUGGCUCUGCUCAACCGCCAGGACCGGUACGUGUGCGCUGUGACCAGAGACGCCCUGGGAAACAGCGUCCCCUGUGCCGUCCUGCGGCCCUCGGGGGCCGUGGUGACCCAGGAGUGUGUGGAGAAGCUGAUCAAGAAGGACAUGGUUGACCCUGUGAGUGGAGACAAGCUCAGCGACAGAGACAUCAUCCCGCUGCAGAGGGGAGGAACCGGCUUUGCGGGCUCCGGGGUGGACCUCCGCGCCAAAGAGGCCCGUCCGGUCAUGCAGGCCUGACCCGAAUGUGCCGCCUGUGCAGGUGUGAAGGAGCGGACUCCUUCGCACCCUGAAACCCAGAUCCAUCUGCAGUCUCUGUGUUCUUUUCUAGACGUUUACUCCUUUGAGCUUCUCCGACUGGACUGUCGUCUUUAGACGGACCGUCUGUGUCCGAGGAAUUACAUGAGAAUCAGAUUACAUGUUAGAGCCGUUUUGUUCAACAUUUGUAAGAUUAAUGUCUUUUUAAUGUAACUAUUUGGGUUUUUCUCUCUCUCUACUUUAUGUUUACAAAUUCAACAACAGGAAAAUGAGGUUUGUUGAAAGUUAAGGUUUUCAUCUGCAGCUCAUUCACGUUCAGUCCUGUCAAGAAGAGGAUCCUGUUUCACUUCUGGGGUUUCGUCUAAUGGAAAAGAGGACCAACUAUUCUGGAUUAUUUAUUAAAACCAUGGUAAAGUUCUGACAGCUGAGCCCAGCUCCAGAUGAUGGAUCUCCCCUCAGCUGCAGUAACUGUGCUGUGUGUUCGUCGGGACUCCCUGUCUUCUGUCUGAAGGUCCUCUGCAGGUUCUGAGGCAAAAACUGGACCAGCACCGUCUUUGGUCUUCCUCACUCUGUUGUUCUUUUGCACCGCCCACUUCUACAUCACUGAAAGGUCAUUUGGACAGAAAAGAGAAAGCUUACAGAUGUUUUGGAUCCAACCCCCUGCGGUUUGUAACCACGCCCACAUGCAUUUUGAUGACUUUAAAAAAGAAUGGGAAAUAAGUCAGCAUGCAUCAACGAGAUGAUUGAAACCAGACUGUACACAUGUUUAUUUUUAGUCCCUUUAAUGUGGAGGGGUCAAUAAAGAAUGGCUCUGUUUUACA